CAGCUGUGAUUUAAGUGGGAUGCAUGGAGGAAACCUGGGAAAUCACCUGCAGGUGGAUUUCACAUGCUCUUCUUUUGGAGAGUCCCGAAGGAAAUCCAUCAUGGAGAUUCCAAAUAAACCAGAUUUUUCGAAUGCACGUAAAGAUGGUAGAUCAAACAUGCAUGCGUUGAAGAUUAACACUAGAUAGAAAACCACUGGUUAAAUCAGAAAUGUGGGCAGAAUAUGCAGACACCUGUUCCUAGGAUUGUUGGUUUCGAACCAAGACAAUUAGAUUCUCCUCUUAAUUUUUUUGAUGGAAACCAAUAUUCUUCAAGUGCGGUGACUGUCACAACAGGUGACACAACUGAGGCCACUGGGUCAGCACUCAGGAAGCGGUUAUUGUCUCCUUUGAAUGGAAUGCUUCUCCAGGAUCAUUUCAAUGGUGAUUCUCUAGACAUUGGGGAUGGGGUUCACAAGAGCGGCGCCUGGGGAUACAAUGAUAGUUCUAAUGUUCCCACAUUACAUGAGCAUAAGAAGGCUCAUAUUGGCAACUCCAGUUAUUUUAAUUCUACGAUCUGGUCUGCAUCUUGUUCCCCAGAGUGGAAGAGUUCACUGAAUCACAACUGCAAUGCAAACUCCUCUUCUGUAUUUGAUGGUCCUUUGCUUGAAAACAAGGAGCCACAAUCUCAAAAUCAGUUCAUAUCAUCAUCUGGACUUGAUUACUCUAGAGAAACAAUUAAGGGAUCAUACGCCAAAGUUAGAUGAUAACAAUAUAACUCUUAAGGACGUACAACAAUCACUUGAUGGAACUAUCUCAGCCAUUUCAUCGUCCUGGAAAGAGGAGGCUUUUAGGUUGCUAAGUAACUCAUCGCAAGACGUUGAUAUGCUGCAGAAAAAGUUUGACCUUUUUGGGUCUGAGAGUACUACCACUGGGAUGGGGCAGCACUGGAGUCAGGAUUUGAAAUCUAAGCCUAAAGGUGUUAAAUUAGUAUG